CUUUUCAGCUAACUUGGUUCCUUCAGAUUCUCGGAGACAAAAUGUUUCGGUGGCUACUGAAGCCAAGGUUCUAUUCAAAAUGCUUAUCGUACGUUAAGACUAUAAAGACAAGGCUAGAGAUUCGACAGAAGAGGAGGAGAGCAGUGAUGAAGUUUAUGAAGAGUGACAUCGCUGAGCUUCUUAGGAGAGGCCUUGACAAUGAUGCACAUAAAAGGGCUGAAGGUCUUCUGUCGGAGCAAAAUAUGUUAUCCUGCUAUGAGCUCAUUGAAAAGUUUAUUGGAUGCAUAUCAGAUAAUCUUGAAGAACUAACAAAGCAGAAGGAUUGCCCUGAUGAAUGCAAGGAAGCUGUACCUUCAUUGAUGUAUGCUGCAGCAAGAUUAGCUGAUCUGCCAGAAUUGCGUGACCUCAGAACUUUAUUUACCGAGAAAUUUGGGAAUGAUCUUGAACCUUAUAUAAAUGAAGAGUUUGUUGAGAAGUUAAGGGGAAAUCCGCCAACAAGCGAAAUGAAGAAUCAAUUAUUAUAUGAUAUAGCACAAGAGUUCUCUCUAGAGUGGGAUUUCAAUGAUGACUCAUGGAUACACCAAAGCAAUAGUGAUGAUGAAACCAGCACAGGCAUGUCAUUUUCAUCCCAUGAUGGCCAAAAGGGUAGUUCUAGUUCAUUGGGAAGCGUAUCUGAGGAUGAAGUAGAAACUAAUAGGCCAAUUUCCUAUUCGCUCAUUCCACCCCCUUACCUCAAAAAAAAUACUAACAAAGGUGAAAAAGUUUCAAAGAAAACAACAUAUUCUGAGGCUCAACCGAAAAUGGAAUCAAACCAGAAUCUUCAUGACCCGGUUGUUAAAAAUAAGACAACACCCAGAUCAGUAAGAAGGAGACCUAUCAAAUCUGUACCUGACCAAGACAGUGUUUCUGGUUCUAAAAUUCAUGAUGCUGCAAAACUAGAUUCUGGUGGAAUGAAAUUGGGCAAAGAAAAAGCUUCUAUUUCUCGACAACCAGAAGAUGACACUGGGCAAAACACAAGUUAUACAACAAUAUCACAUGUCAGAGGAACAUCUCUUCCUAAUGAACCCACUAAUGCAGUGGAAACAUCAAAAGGGCAUGUACGAACAAUUUCCUUAGAAACAGGAAUGCGGGUUGGCGCGAGGCAUGUACAUCCUAAUCUACCCGAUUAUGAUGAUUUAGUAGCUUUUCUUUUAGCUCUCAGAAAGAGUAAGAAACAAGUUGACUAG